AUGGGAAGACAGAACAUACGAGCAGGAUUUUUGAAACGGUUUGGGGUGGGAUUCAAUGAGUUUGGAGAGCUUGACAUGAGCCCUGACUGGUGGGAUCAACUCAUUGCGGCUUAUCCUGAAGCAUCAAAAAUUCGUCAACAUCCAUUGCGUGAUAUUCCCCUGCUUGACCAUUUAUACAGCAAAGUUACAAUCUCGGAGAUUGCAAUGAUGUGUAAUCAAAGUAUGGUUGCUGUGGUUCGCUUAAUAGUCGAGAGUGAACGACAAGAUCCAUACUGUGAUAGACAAUUAAUGAGGACAGAUCGAGGUCGCGGAGUAUGUCAUACUAUGCAAAUGAUUACUGGUUCUGGUAAAGAAUGCUAUGAAACCUUGCGAAUGAAUGAAGAAACCUAUAGAAGGUUAUGUGAUACUCUCAAGAAUGAUUACAAUCUUAAAGAGUCACGUGAAUGCACUGUGGAAGAAGCUGUGGCAAUGUUCUUAGAAACACUUGGGCAUGAUGAAGUGCAGAGGCAAAUUGCUAAAAACUUUCAACGCAGUCAAGAGACGGUGAACAGAAAAUUUAUGGAAGUGUUAGAUUCCGUACUCCUUCUGUCAAAGGAUAUUUUAAAGCCUCAACCAGAAGAGUUUCAACAGAUUAAUACUCGGCUAUUAGCAGAUAGAAGAUAUUGGCCUUUCUUUAGUGGUUGCAUUGGAGCUCUUGAUGGCACGCAUGUGCCGGUACGAAUUAGAAGUGAUCAAAAAGAGAGGUAUUGGAAUGUAAGAAAGCAGUUCCCCUCGAUGAAUGUUCUUGCUAUUUGCAACUUUGAUAUGAAGUUCACAUAUGUGUAUGUUGGCACACCUGGAAGAGCACACGAUACCAAAGUUCUUACGUAUUGUGCACAAGAAGACAGGUUCUUCCCGAAACCUCCUCAAGGAAAAUAUUUUGUUGUUGAUUCUGGAUAUCCAAAUAGGAAGGGUUAUUUAGCGCCAUAUCGCAAAACAAGAUAUCAUCCACAUCAAUGGGGUGAAGGACCACCUAAUUCUGCAAGCGAGAUGUUUAACAAACGACAUUCAUCUUUGCGUUCAGUGAUUGAACGUACUUUUGGUGUGUGGAAGGCAAAGUGGCGAAUACUUAAAAAUGAGGUGCGGUAUAGUCUUCAAACACAGUGCAAAAUUGUUGUAGCAACCAUGGCUCUUCAUAAUUUUAUACGUUCAUCAAGCAUUAUUGAUGAUGAUUUUGAAGAGUACGAAACGAUGGAAGAAGAAACAUUGAAUCCUUUUGAUUCAGAUGACGUACCCGAAAACGAAAACACACGUUAUGAACCUACAGGAGAUGCAUAUAUGAAUGGGAUCCGAAACAAUAUUGCAGAAAGUAUUUGGGCUGCUCGACAUUAG